UUUAUUUACUUUUUGGAACAUUAAGUUAAAAAUGACCUAGAAGAAUGAGCCAGCAAUGUCGAAGUGUCACAGGAAGUGGUUUGUUUUUGUGGCAGCCUCUGUCUUUAUCACCACGUUCCUUUGUGUUUUAUAUACAGGCAGAACAUAUCAUUCGAAUGGCAAUGGGUCGAACAGCCUGAUAAAAUACGUACAAACGUACAAAAAUGGAGAAAUAAUACCCAACAAGUUUGCAGAUUAUGUACUUAAUCGUGAAUACACACUUGAUCUAGAAGAUGAGGAUGUCAUAGUGUUUCUACAUAUCCAGAAGACAGGUGGAACAACAUUCGGUAGACACCUGGUAAAAAAUCUCGACCUAGAUAAACCGUGUAAGUGUGUGAAGGGGGUAAAGCGAUGUGACUGCUCCACUAGUAAGAAAACCUUAUGGUUAUUCAGUCGGUACUCCACUGGGUGGGUGUGUGGACUUCACGCUGACUGGACGGAACUGAAGAGCUGUGUGGAGGAACAGAUGGACAAAAAGGAAAACAUGCACAGGAAAAGAAGGUAUCAUUAUGUGACGAUACUUCGCGAUCCUGUCAGUCGAUACCUGAGCGAGUGGAAACACGUCCGUCGUGGUGCUACAUGGAAAACGGCUCGACUCCAGUGUAAUGGACGUCAGGCCACGCUGAAGGAAGUGCCGUUUUGUUUUGAGACGGAGACGUGGGAAGACGUGACGCUGAAGGAAUUCAUCAAUUGUCCACACAACCUGGCCAACAAUAGACAGACGCGAAUGUUGGCCAAUCUCAGCAAGGUUAACUGUUACAACAAGACAGGGAUGACCGAAGAGGAACGCAACACACUAAUGCUAGAAAGUGCCAAAGAAAACCUGCGGGAUCUGUCUUUCUUCGGAUUAACAGAGUUCCAGCUGGAAACUCAGAAGUUAUUUGAGCAUGUCUUUCAUAUACAAUUUAUCAAAGAUUUUAAUCAGUAUAAUGUGACACACAGUAUGAAAACUCACCCGAGUGUUGAGCAGUGGAAGAAGAUUCUGGAGUUGAACACCCUGGACAUCGCGCUUUAUCAGUACGCUAAGGACCUGUUCCUGCAGCGGGUCAAGGCCAUGAAGGAGUCAUUCAAUGAUACUUCUAUCUUCCCAGAAUAAUGGGGGUCAUUUUCAUCCAUUUCAUGAGAAGUAUAUAUGAAUAUGUAUUUCAAGCACUAUCCAUUAAUAUUUUUGUGCCAUGACAUAAUUUAAUAAGCUAUGGUCUGUUCAAUGAUAAAUAACACAAACAAACUUUUAUUUUAGAAAUCAGCCAAAAAUGUAUCUUGUACAUUUAUGUUCAUAGAUUAUAUAGAUGGCUUGAUUAUUUAAUAUUUGCAGAAUCCAGUAAUUUAGAAAUGUAUUGUUUAGGUAAUUUAAAUUCAAAAUCAGUUUAAAAGUAUAUUUCAGGCGUCAUGAUUUGUUUGUGUUAUGUAUCCUUAACUUGAUCAGAACACUGAUGCUAACACUGUGAGCUUGCCAACACAGCCAAAAUUUUGUUAUUAUGAAAUCAUAAUUUUAUCACGACAAGAUUGUAAAUUCAAUUUUGAAUGUGAAUACAACUUGUCAACAAAUUCUUUUAUGUAUAAUACUAGUAUGUCAGUUACAUUGUGUUACUAGGUUUGAGGAAGGUUUUGUUUUUAAUGUAGGGAAUAGCUUUUAGAAAACUUGUAGAUGAAUGUCUAAGAUGAAUAUCCCAGUAUUUGUGAUGAACCAUUUUGAUUAAAGGAAUGCUUUUAUAGACUAGGGGUACUGUAAAUCACUUUUUAUUCGCGAGAACUUUAUUUUCGCGUAAUUACGCGAGACAGUGUGCUCGCAAAAAUUUAAUUCUCGCAUAUAAUAGUAUUCCUUAGGAUAAUAUAGAUCAAGAACCACAAUUCGUGAAAAUUUUGUCUCGCUUAUCAAGAGCCAAUGGCUAUCUCGCAAAAAUAAGGUGUCGCGAAAAUUUAGUGAUCUACAGUAUUGUAAUCUGUGGUCAUAGAAGAAAUUGCCAGUAAUUGAAAUGUCUUUCAAUGUUGAAAACUUUAAAAAAUGAUUUUUCUUAAAUCAUGUGAUUUCCUUACACAGGCAGGAGUAGGUUAAUGAAAAGAUUUAUUGAUUUUAAGGUCACUGUAUCAAAGGUCAAGGUUAAAGAAUGAGAUCAUAUAUGGGGGUGCUUGGUCAUUGAGGUCAAGGUUAUAGCAAUGGGCAUUUACUGGAAUAUCAGAAAAGAUUAUUUUUCUGCAUUUUACAUGUUAAAGUAUAUUACAAUAUUUAAAAUUUUUACUUUUCUGAGUACAGAGCAGAAUGACAAUAUUUAUAAUGAUUUUUUGGACUGAUUUCCUCUACUUGUAUAUAAGCACAUUUUUCUUUCAUGCAGUAGUUUUAAGUUUUGUUUUCUAAACCUCUGAUUUUAUAGAUGUAACCAAAGAAAAAAUACUGGGAUGUUAUUCAUUUUGUUAUAAUUGUAUGUUGUAGAAUAACCCCUUCAGGCUACCUGGUGAUUUCAAAUGAUCUGACAGUAUUGAGAUUAAAUGAGCAAGUGAGAGAGAGACUCAGAGAGAGGGAGAAAGAGAUAGCUUUUAUUUUGAGUUUUAAAAGAGAAAAAACAAAGCAUAAUAUGGUUUGUAAUAUGUGUGCUACAAGGAAGUGUGAACCAAAAUUAUGCACCAUGCUUAUCAUAAUCUAGGACCAAUAACUGAUGCUGCUUUCUUAAUUUUUAUUGGAGCCACUGCUUUAUGGUAGAGGGAAAAUUUUAAAAGAUUUUUAUGAUUUAUGCUUGGCUUAAUAUAUUUAGAAGUGUGGACAUUUUUCAUAAAUUUUACAAUCAACUCACAUUGUAUCAAUGUAUAUUUUUAUCUAUGAUUGGUAUUUAUAAUUUUUAGAUGUACAGAUUUGAAGUGAGUUAAAAGUUGAUCAUUCAAUUAUAUACUUCCACAUACAAUAUCUUUUUAUAGUAUGUUUUAACUAUUUUGAGAUACAGAAAAUGUUGACAGUUUAUGCAUAUAAUAGAUAUUUAUGUUUACAUCAAAUUGUUGGUAGUUUUAUAAUAUACAAUUAAAUC